CAAAGAAUUGAGUUUCUCAAAUAGAUGAUCAUGAAUUUAAAUAAAGUAGAAAGUGUUUUUGUACUAUCAAUCGUUACGCUGAAUUCACUUUUCAGAUAUGUUCAUGGAAUUACUAUAUACACGUCCUACCAAAGUGAAAUAGCUUGCUAUGCUACCUAUCCUAUCGAAUAUCCUGCCACAAUCGAAGAAGUUCAGCGACUAGUUCUAAAAGCCAUUGCCGCAAAUAGCACAGUAAAAGCAUUUGGUGCCAGACAUUCUGUUCUUGACACUAUUUGUACAAAUGGCACUCCAAUUGAUAUGCGGAAUAUCAACUACGUAGAUGUCGAUACAAACGCUAAUAUUGUAAAGGCAGGUGCUGGAGCUCAGCUUGCAGAUUUUGUCGCGAAAUUACAAGAAAAUGGUAAAGCUUUAUACGGUCAAGUACCAUCAUUUGGUGGUGUUACAAUAGGCGGCGCUUUGGGAACAGGCGCUAGAGGUUCAUCUCUGAUGCAUCACACAUCACUUUCAGAUCAACUUAUUGCGGUCAAAGUAGUUGAUGGUUUUGGAAAUAUUCAAGUCAUUGAUGAAUCUAAACCUGACGACUUGUCGGCAUUUAAAGUUCAUUUAGGGCUUUUAGGAGUUAUCGUUGAAGCAAGCUUUCGAACCUGCGCAUCUUACAAAAUGCACGUUUACAAUUAUCAGGUUAAGGAUGAUAUUUUGUUUGAUAAUUCGGCAAUAAGAAUGGCUACCGAAAAAGAUUGGUUUCAAAUGUGGUGGUUUCCAAAUACGAAAUCGGUCAUAGUGUCAGAGGGGAUUUACAUCAACAAUGACGCCCUGGGAAAUGCAAGCACAUACAAUAUUCCCGAAAUCGAUCAACUUACUGCCGAAAUAAUCAAUAAUGCAUUUGAAUUAGGUCAGACUACGCGCAGUGGAAUUGUUUUGGGAGCACUUGAACUUUGGUCUAAACUCUCACUUCAUAAACAAGUACCACUACGACAACCGAUUUUUUCGCAAGAUGGUGGGAUCUCAAUCACAAAUCCUGCAACUGGAUACGUCCAUGGUCUCAUGCAAAAUAAAUGCAAGAAAUGUGGCUGGGAUUACGGUCCAGGACGAUCAGUUUACGUUCAAGAAUUCGCGGUCGGGCUUGACAUUUCUAAGUUUAAGGAAGCUGUUUCGGGUAUUCGCAAUAUUCUUAGUCUAGAUCAUGCUACAUUUCCCAUAUACGGCAUAUUCAUCCGAUUUGCUCCGCAAUCUACAGCUAUGAUGGCUGUUGAGUUUGGACAGACCACAGUUCAUAUUGAAAUUGUGACUCCAAUGCGUAAAAAUCGUUUCAAAGAAUCUCGGUACGGAUUAAGUACAGUGCAAGCGAUAGAGCAAUUUUUGAAUCAGCAGUUAGGUGGUCGCCCACACUGGUCAAUGAGUGGUCAAGUUUUUCAUACUACCUCUAUGGCACAAAAAAAUUAUCCGAAUCUAUCGCGUUUCGGAGCAAUUAUACGGAAAUAUGAUCAAAACGGAGUGUUUCUUAACAAAUUCGGGAAAAGAAUUACAGGCGCGUCUAGAGAAUUAACUAUUGAUCCAAGAAUGGAGCAUUGCGCUUUACAAGAUGACUGUUUUUGUAACAAAAAUAGAGACUGUGCAACUGGACAAUAUUGUGGAGAAUUGAAUGGAUUCAAAGUUUGUAAAGAUAUUUUAUCACUGAAAUUAAUCAAUGAUGUUAGUGACGGAGCAUUAGCAAUUGUAGGUAAGCUAUUGUCAACCUGAAGAAUUUUAAUACUGAAAUUUAUAGCUAAGUUUCAAAGUUCGGAAUAAAUGGAACCUGCAAAUCAAAUUUACAUCUGGUACAUUUCAAGAGUGGUUUAUGUACUCGUUAUGCCUUACUUUACAGUUUGUUGAAGUUUUAGAUUUCCUUUCACUAUAUCAAAUUUCCAUAGUCUUUGCCCAAGGAAUCCUUAGGAUCUACAGUACUCUAAAAGAUGAGCGAGUGUCAACGAACUUU